AUGCCGCACUUCACGGUGGUGCCGGUGGAGGACCGGCCGCCCACCGACGACGACGACCGCUUGGAAGGGCUCAGCUGGGGGGACUGCAGCCGGGCCCCCGGCGGCGUCGGGGGGGCGUCCCGGGCGGGCCCCCCGCUGCGCCAGCGCGACGCCUACGACACGGUCAGCUCCGACGGUCAUGGUAACCAUAAAGAAAGCAGCCCUUUUCUCAACAAUUCCGAGGCUGGCAAAGGAGGAGACUAUUAUGACAGAAACUUGGCCUUGUUUGAGGAGGAACUGGAUAUCCGCCCAAAGGUCUCUUCCUUGCUUGGCAAACUGGUCAGCUACACAAAUCUCACUCAGGGAGCCAAAGAGCAUGAAGAAGCAGAAAGCGCCGAAGGCUCGAGGAGGAAAGUAUCGAAAUCACCCAGCAUGGGCACUUUGAUGGGAGUCUACCUGCCAUGUAUGCAGAAUAUCUUUGGGGUCAUUCUCUUCCUUCGAUUGACAUGGAUGGUGGGAACCGCUGGUGUUCUGCAGUCCUUCCUCAUCGUCUUAAUCUGCUGCUGUUGUACCAUGCUGACAGCCAUAUCAAUGAGCGCCAUUGCCACAAACGGGGUUGUGCCAGCUGGCGGCUCUUACUUCAUGAUCUCAAGAUCUUUGGGUCCGGAGUUUGGUGGAGCGGUGGGCUUGUGUUUUUACUUGGGGACGACGUUCGCAGGCGCUAUGUACAUCCUUGGUGCCAUUGAGAUCCUGCUCACCUACAUCGCUCCCCAGGCCGCCAUUUUCCACUCCACCGGGGCCCACGACACGUCCAGCGCCAACCUCAACAACAUGCGAGUUUAUGGGACUCUGUUCCUCACCUUCAUGGCCGUGGUGGUUUUCGUAGGCGUGAAAUACGUCAACAAAUUUGCCUCUCUCUUUCUGGCAUGUGUCAUAAUAUCCAUCUUGUCCAUCUACGCCGGGGCCAUCAAAUCCAUCUUUCAUCCGCCUGCUUUUCCUGUGUGCAUGCUGGGCAACAGAACUCUUUCAAGGGACCAGUUUGACAUCUGCGCCAAAACGAUGGUGGUUGACAACAUCACCCAGCCCACCAAGUUGACGGAGAACUUCUGCCCACAUUACAAUGUCACCUCCGAGGACUGCGACGAGUUCUUCCGCUUCAAUAAUGUUACGGAGAUUGCAGGGAUUCCUGGUGCUGCGAGCGGCAUUUUGAAAGAUAACAUUUGGAGCAAUUAUUUGGAGAAAGGAGAGAUCCUGGAGAAAACCAAACUCCCAUCUGUGGAUGUUUCUGGACACAACAGUAAGCUCCACUUGUACGUUUAUGCAGACAUAGCAACCUCCUUCACGGUGCUUGUGGGCAUCUUCUUCCCUUCUGUGACAGGGAUCAUGGCUGGCUCAAACCGAUCUGGAGACCUCAAGGAUGCCCAGAAAUCUAUUCCUAUUGGAACGAUCCUGGCCAUUGCCACCACAUCUCUAGUCUAUUUCAGCUGCGUGGUGCUGUUUGGAGCUUGUAUUGAAGGUGUUGUUCUUAGAGACAAAUACGGUGAUGGUGUGAACAAGAAUUUGGUGGUGGGCACGCUUUCGUGGCCCUCGCCGUGGGUCAUUGUGAUCGGCUCGUUUUUCUCUACUUGCGGGGCAGGUUUGCAGAGCCUCACCGGAGCCCCCCGGCUACUUCAAGCCAUCGCCAAGGACAACAUAAUUCCUUUCUUAUGGGUCUUUGGCCACGGAAAGGCAAACGGUGAGCCGACUUGGGCCCUUCUGCUGACAGCGGUGAUUGCCGAACUUGGGAUUCUUAUUGCAUCCCUGGACAUGGUCGCCCCCAUUCUUUCUAUGUUUUUCUUGAUGUGUUACCUGUUUGUCAACUUGGCUUGCGCAGUACAAACCCUUUUAAGGACGCCAAACUGGCGGCCCAGGUUUAAGUACUAUCACUGGGCGUUGUCCUUUUUAGGCAUGAGCAUCUGUCUGGCGCUGAUGUUCAUUUCAUCCUGGUAUUAUGCUUUGGUGGCUAUGCUCAUCGCCGGCAUGAUUUACAAGUACAUUGAAUAUCAGGGGGCUGAAAAGGAAUGGGGCGACGGGAUUCGGGGUCUAUCACUCAGCGCAGCCAGGUAUGCUUUGCUGAGAUUGGAGGAAGGGCCCCCUCACACCAAGAACUGGAGGCCGCAGCUGCUGGUGCUUCUGAAGCUGGACGAGGAUUUGCAUGUGAAAUACCCCAGGCUGUUGACGUUUGCUUCUCAGCUGAAAGCUGGCAAAGGGUUGACCAUCGUCGGGACCGCGAUCCAGGGCAACUUCCUAGAGAGUUACGGAGAGGCCCAGGCUGCUGAACAGACUAUCAAGAACAUGAUAGAAAUAGAGAAGGUGAAAGGCUUUUGCCAAGUCGUCGUGGCGAAUAAAGUCCGAGACGGCAUUUCCCACUUGAUCCAGUCCUGCGGGUUGGGUGGCAUGAAACACAACAGCGUGGUGCUGGGCUGGCCCUAUGGCUGGAGGCAAAGCGAAGACCCAAGAGCCUGGAAGACGUUUAUAGACACGGUGCGUUGCACGACCGCGGCCCACCUUGCCUUGCUGGUGCCCAAAAACGUGUCCUUCUACCCCAGCAACCACGAGCGCUACCUGGAAGGGAACAUCGACGUCUGGUGGAUCGUUCACGACGGAGGCAUGUUGAUGCUGCUUCCUUUCCUACUCAAACAACAUAAAGUUUGGCGGAAAUGCAAAAUGCGGAUAUUCACCGUCGCCCAAAUGGACGACAACAGCAUCCAGAUGAAGAAAGAUUUGGCGACUUUCCUCUAUCACCUCCGAAUCGAGGCUGAAGUGGAAGUGGUAGAAAUGCAAAACAGCGAUAUCUCGGCCUACACUUAUGAGCGGACUCUGAUGAUGGAGCAGAGAUCUCAGAUGCUGAGGCAGAUGAGGUUGACCAAAACAGAAAGGGAAAGGGAGGCUCAGCUGGUGAAGGACAGGCACUCGAUCAUAAGGUUGGAGAGCCUCUACUCGGACGAGGAAGAUGAGGGGGAAGCAGUGCCAGAAAAGAUCCAGAUGACGUGGACAAAGGACAAACACGACAAUGAGAAACGGAGCCGGAACAGCGCGGUGGAGAACUUCAGAGAGCUCAUCAGUAUUAAGCCCAACCAGUCAAAUGUUCGAAGAAUGCACACCGCCGUGAAGCUGAAUGAAGUCAUCGUUAAUCGGUCCCACGAUGCACGACUCGUGCUUCUCAACAUGCCUGGCCCUCCAAAAAACACUGAAGGGGAUGAAAACUACAUGGAAUUUCUUGAAGUCCUGACCGAAGGCUUGGAGCGGGUGUUAUUGGUUCGAGGCGGGGGCCGAGAAGUCAUUACUAUCUACUCCUGAUGGAGCGGAAGAGCAGCUGUCCUGCUUACCAUUUUAUUUUGGCAAAGGACAUUCCAUUUCCA